UUUGGGAAAUAUGCAGAGAACUUUGAUGCGGUUGAUUAUGGCCCCAAGAAAAAGAAUAUCAACACUUAAUUUAUUACUCUCUUUAAUUCUGAUUUCAAUGAUUUGUUUUAUUUUAAUUCGUGAUUGGUUAACUACAAUAGAAGAACUUCCACCGGGUGAAGGGAGGACUUGGGCACCACAAAAUAAAAGUUUAUUAAAUAAAAAGAAAGAAAUUGUUGGGAAAAGUUUAAAUAAAAAGGUUUAUGCGGCUGUUUUGCCUAUGAGGAAUAAAAAUGGUCCAGGUGAAAUGGGCGCUGCUGUGUUUUUAACGGGCAAAGAAGCAGUUCAGGGCACUGCUGACAUGAAAAAAUGGUUUAUGAAUGUUGCUGCUAGUGACAAAAUUUCUUUGGAUCGUUCAUUGCCAGAUGUCCGUAUUAAAGAAUGUAAAACAAAAAUUUAUGAUUUGAAUAAAUUACCAAAAACUUCGGUUGUUAUUAUUUUUACUGAUGAAGCUUGGUCUCCAUUAUUACGAACUGUCCAUUCUGUGAUUAAUAGAACACCAGAUAAAUUGUUGGAAGAAGUUUUGUUGGUUGAUGAUUUUAGUCAAAGAGACGAUCUCCACCAGAAUCUUGACAAUUACAUUAAACGAUUUAAUGGAAAAGUGCGCAUUCACAGAUUUAAAGAAAGGAAUGGUUUGAUUCGUGCAAAGUUAAAUGGAGCAAAAUUGGCACGUGGUGAAGUUGUUGUGUUUUUGGAUUCACAUUGUGAGGCAAAUAUUGGAUGGCUUGAGCCAAUGCUCGAAAGAAUAAAAGAAAAGAAAACAGCAAUUGUAUGUCCUUCAAUAGAUAAUAUAAAUGCUGAAACUAUGGCAUAUACAAGUGGAGGAGAAAUUAAUUCUAUUGGAACGUUUUUUUGGUCUUUGCAUUUUCGUUGGGAUCCAAUUCCUGAAAGAAUUCGAAAAACUCUGAAAUCGGCUGCUGAUCCAAUUCCUUCCCCAACAAUGGCUGGAGGUUUAUUAGCUGCUAACAGAGAAUAUUUCCUUCAAGUUGGUGGUUAUGACCCUGGAAUGGAUAUUUGGGGUGGAGAAAAUUUGGAAAUAUCUUUUAGAGUUUGGAUGUGUGGAGGUUCUAUAGAAUUUAUUCCCUGUUCCCACGUCGGUCACAUCUUUAGAAGCGGCCAUCCCUACAACAUGACAGGUCCAGGCAACAAUAAAGACGUUCACGGGACAAAUUCUAAAAGACUGGCAGAAGUUUGGAUGGAUGAUUAUAAAAGAUUAUAUUAUUUACAUAGAAGGGAUUUAAUUGGGAAGGAUGUUGGGGAUUUAAAUGAAAGGAAAAAAUUGAAAGAAAAAUUAAAAUGUAAAGAUUUUAAGUGGUACUUGGAUAAUGUAAUUCCGGAAAAAUUCAUUCCAGAUGAAGAAGUACAUGGGUUUGGAGCGCUUCAAAACGUGGCAAGUCAGUUAUGUUUAGACACAUUACAGAAGGAAGAAAAGACAACAACACCUUUAUUUGUUUUUUCUUGUCAAGGAGGCGCCUCCUCAGCCCAAGUAUUUUCUUUAAGCAAGAAAAACCAACUUAGAAGAGAAAUUACUUGUGCAGAAGCUAGAGAAUCAGAAAAAGUAGUUUAUUUAGUGCCUAAUUGUGAUUUGGGGAAUAAAAACCAAUUGUGGGAACAAACAAAAGAUGGUUUAAUGAAGAAUUUGGGGACUAAUUUGUGUUUAGAAUCUUUAAAUGCCAAAAAUGGAGAUCAAGUGCCUUUGGAAAUUUGUGACAAGGAUAAAUUGACUCAAAAAUGGGAAUUUAUUUAUUGGGAUUAA